AUGAAAAAUAGGCAUAUUAGUUUGUACAGCUAUAUUGCAUUCUUAUUCAUUAUGUAUGGUGUCUGGCAUUUAACAAUACAAUCUAAGAAACACGGAGGGUAUAAUGUUAGUGAGUUGCCUGAUCUCAUCUCAGCAUUACAAAAUGCAAUCAAACCACAAAUCACCUUCAAUGUUCUGAACAUUUUUACAUAGGAAGAGAUGAAUAAAUUUAAUGAAACAAUUCAUUAGAAGUAUUCUGAAUUUGAAAUUGAAUUUAAUAUUGUCAAGGAUAUUCAUUAAAAUCAAGAUAAGAAUGGAUUGCUUAUAAAUAUACAGAAAGCUUAAUAUACAUUUUUAUUUAUUCAAAAAUUGGAUAAAAUUUCCAUCGUGACAUAAGAUUUAAACGACCCUUCCAUAUUUAAAAAUUUAAGAAGAUAUUUAAAUAAGUUUUACCCUCUUGUCGAAAAAGAAUUGCAAUUAGAAAGUAGAUAGUUUUAUACCAAUAGACUUUUGAUUUUUGAUUUCUAUAUUAUAGAAAAAUAGAAUGAUAGCCUGUGCAUUGAUGUGACUAGUGAUAUUGAAAUGAGUGUACUUAAAUUAUAGAAAUACUUUGGAUUAUCACCAGAAAAUAUAAGAAUAAACUAUAAGUUCUUAGACUCCUUCGACUUUUAAAUUAUUUAAAAGAAAAUUAACUUGUAGAAAUAAACAAUUAAUAACUUUUUGGAUCAAUCAAAAUAACAAAAUAAUAUGAAUUGGAAGGAGUACUUCCAAAUGAAUAUUCUUACCAUAUUAACAGAUGAAGAUGUUAAUAUAGAUAUAGAUAGCAGUGAGAAUGUAUAAUUUUUCUAUUCAGAACCUUCAAAUUUUAUGAUUUAGGUAAAUUAACAAUCAACAUUGUUCAAAAAUAUAUUCAAUGCAUUUAUAUAAGUUUUAUAAUUGGAAGAACAGUAAGAAAUUAUGAUUGAGAAUCAAGAUUUUAAACCAUCAUUGGAAUUAAUUAGAGAUUAUUUCUAAAGGAGAGAAUUUUCAAGGCAUAUUUUAAAUUUCAUAAAAGAACUAUAAUAUAUCUAAUUUAUCUAAUCGGAAGGGGAAUACAAAAUUAGUCUGAAGAGUCAAAAAGAAUUUGAACACAGGCUUAAAUACAUUAAGGAUACAUUAUAGAGCAAGAAUGUAAAUAGAACAGAUUCAGUAAAUAUUUUGAUUGAUGAUUCCUUUUCUGAUCUUGAUACUUUUUCUUUUGAAUACACUUUGGGAAUGUAUUUACCUUUGAUUUUGCCUUUUGCUUAUCCAAUAUUAUUGAGUAUAUAUGAUGAGUUAUCGAGUAAUUGAUAAUAAAAUGAAUUAUUUAUUAAUAUUGCUUUAUAUAUAUUAAAGUACCAUAUUAUC